AUGGAGAAAAGAAAAAAGAACAAUCACAGAGAGCACAGAGAAUUUUACGUGGUUCACUUCUCAACGAGAGAAGCUACGUCCACGGUCGCCGCAAGGAAAAAGUUUCACUAUUUUCAGGACAGCCAUGGCCGGUCUCAGCUCCAACCAUUACCACCUGCAAGCUUGGCGGCCACAAAGCUUCUCGCCUCGCUCAAAUCGGAGGCCUGGCCAUCUCAUUCCCUCACCCAAAACUUCACCCACAAAUCCACGCCACUCAAAGCCCCUCCUCCUCCUCACCGGGCCCACCGCCCUCUCCUCAACCCUCUCGCUUCGUCUCUGGCCCACCUCCACCCCUCCCCCUCCCCUCACCUCCCUCUCCUCUCGCCUCCUCCCUCCUCAACCCGCUCCCGAAAUUACCGCCUUUUGCCCGUCCGCCUCCUCUCCUCCCAUGACCCCCUCCCCUCCCCUGAACCCCUCUUCUCCUCCCUCCUCUCCUCUUUCUCUCUCCUCAACUCCCCUCCCUCUUCUGCCCCCUUCGACCUCUUAAUCAAACACUACACUUCAAACAACGACAUCACCUCUGCAUUGUCGAUCAUGGAGCUCACCAAGUCCUCAGGUAUAGCCCCAGCACUGCUCUCUUACAAUUCCGUACUUGAUUCUAUGCUGCGCACCAAGUGUUCGGUGAAAUGCGUCAAUGAGUUUUACGACGGGAUGAAACGGUCCGGGGUGUCCCCGAACGUUUACACUUAUAAUAUUUUGAUUAAAGGGUUUUGCUCUUUGGGGGAGGUUGAUAGAGGGUUGGAGUUUUUUGAUGAGAUGGGGAGGGUGGGGUGCUCGCCGAAUCUAGUCACGUACAAUACUUUGAUUGAUGGGUAUUGUAAGGCGAAGAGGGUGGAUGAUGGGUUUGGGGUUUUAAGGAGGAUGGCGGAGAGGGGAGUGAGACCGAGCUUGAUUACGUAUAAUUCGAUUAUAAAUGGGCUGUGUAGAGAGGGGAGGGUUAAGGAGUCGGAGAGGGUUGUGGAUGAGAUGGGUAGAGAGGGAUUGGUUCCUAAUGAAGUCACAUAUAAUACACUUGUGAAUGGGUAUUGCAGAGCUAGGGAUGUUCAUCGAGCACUUGUUCUUCAUGGGGAGAUGACGAGGAGAGGGGUGGCACCGAAUGUGGUGAGUUACACGUCAUUGAUUGAUGCAAUGUGCAAAGGCGGGAAUUUGAAUCGGGCAAUGGAUUUUGUUGGGCAAAUGAAGGAGAGGGGAUUGAGGCUCAAUGAGAUGACAUUCACGACUUUGAUCGAUGGGUUUUGCAAGAAAGGGUUCUUGGGUGAUGCAUUGAGGUUGAUGGAGGAGAUGAAGGAGAGUGGUGUUUCGCCUUCGAUUGUGGGCUAUAAUGCUCUAAUUAAUGGGUAUUGUAUGUUAGGAAGAAUAGAUGUAGCUUUGGGGGUGGUGAAAGAGAUGGAGGAGAGAGGGUUGGUACCAGAUGUGGUCACUUAUAGCACGAUUUUGAAUUGGCAUUGUCGAAAUGGAGAGUUGGAGAAAGCCUUUGAGGUAAUCGAGGACAUGGUGAAGAAGAGCAUUUCUCCUGAUGCUUUUACCUAUUCUUCCCUCAUCAGAGGGCUUUGUGAAGCAAAGAGACUCGAUGAUGCUCAUGAACAAUUUGAAAACAUGUUGAAUUUUGGUCUGUGUCCUGACGAGUUCACCUACACUACCUUAAUUGAUGGGUAUUGUAAAGAUGGUGAUGUGAAGAAGGCUUUCAGUCUUCAUGAUGAGAUGGUAAAGAAAGGGAUCCUGCCUGAUGUUGUUACAUAUAGUGUUCUUAUUAAUGGCCUAAAUAAAAUAGCGAAGACAAAGGAAGCCCGAAGGUUGCUCUUUAGACUGUAUUAUGAGGAGCCGGUUCCAGAUAAGGUGACAUAUGAUGAACUAAUGGAUUGUUGUGACAAAAUAGAGUUAAAGAGUAUGGUGUCACUUAUAAAGAGUUUCUGUAUGAAAGGGUUGAUGAAUGAAGCUGAAAGAGCAUUUGAGACGAUGGUUGAGAAGAAUGGGAAGCCUAAUGAGGCUGCUUACAACAUCAUUAUUCAUGGGCAUUGUAGAGGUGGAAGCAUGACUAAGGCGCUCGAACUCUACAAGGAAAUGCUAGGGUUGGGUUUUAAUCCAAGUGCAAUAAGCACUAUCUCUCUUAUUAAAGGGCUCUCAGAAGAGGGCAUGAGCUCUGAAGUGAACCAAGUGAUCCGUAGGUUGAUGACAUGUUGUUUGUUAACAGAUGCUGAGACUUCAAAGGCUCUUGUUGAAGUGAACCACAAGGAUGGUAACAUGGAGGCUCUAUUAGAUGUCCUUACUGGGAUGGCAAAAGAUGGACUUCUUCCAAAUAGCAGUUAAAAGUUUGUUACUUCCUGAUAAGGCUGGUCAAAUUUGGUGGAAACAUCUCAAGAUUAAGGUUCUUUGGCAAUGACUUGCGGAUUGCUUCCAAGGUGAGGAUUGAGAAGCAUGUAAGCUUCUAAAGCGUAAAAUCAGGUUUUGGGAGGCUCCAGUUUUUGUAUGCCGAAACCUAACUUCACAGGAAAUUCAGCUGACAAAGAGAGAGGGACGAGAGCAUUCUUUGAUCCUUUCGCAGUAGAGUUGAACUCUUUAGGCAAUUUAGCCUUUGAACUCAGAAGAGAGAGCUUAAUUUCCGUCGUAUCCUUGUGCCCUACAUCAAAAUCAGGUGGGAUGUCGGAGGCAAUAUGCUUUCCGUUAUUGAACAAAUCAACUUUCCCACCACUUAA